GCCUUCUGUGACACUCUGAGAAUUCUCUCUAUCCCCUGACGAAGUGAUGGAAUUCGUACUGGAAGAAGGGAAAAGCCUCCACGAAGAAUGCUCCACUCUCAUUUUGCCUGCAUUAUCCAUUGGAAACGUCGGGCAGCUUGCAGUUGAUCUCUUAGUCUCUUCUAUGAGAGCGGACAAAAUCGGUUAUUUGGACGACCCCCUUGUUCUUCCCUGCGUUGGCAACGACGCCUAUGGACCUGAUCCCCAAGGCCUUCUUGCUUUACCUCUUGAAGCUUAUGAUUCUCCUUCUAAUGCAUUGACUCUUAUACAGCAAAGAUCCCCUGUUGUUAAGGGAAUGAUGGUUGAAUUUGCGAAGAAUUUGGCCAAUUUUGCAGCAUCCACUGGGAAGAAGCAUGUUAUUGUGCUUUCUAGCUUAGACUCAGGAAAAAGGCAGAAACUUGAUAUGUUAAGUGAAAUGCAGAUUUAUUACCUUUCAACUGCCAACAUGGAUGGAACAGAUAAUGAUUGUGAAAGGAUAGGGUGGAAAAAGCUGCAAGAGUACAAUCCGGUUCAAAGGAGCUGGAAGUAUCUUGAUGAUCUGGCCAAAGGAAAUUCUUUGCUAGAAGACAAUUUAUCCAUCGAAGAUGAACUAGGAGAUGAAGAUUAUUUCCCCAGUUUGCCUUUUGCUGCAAUAUUCUCUUGUUGCAAGGCAAAAGGUUUGAAGGUCACUUGCAUAUUAAGCUAUUGUUCAGAAGGAGAUAACACUCCUGAUUCUUUCCAGUUGGCAGAGGCAGCAUGCAAACUUCUGGGGCUAGGCACUGACAAUUUCAGAGGGAAUGAAGGCGGUGGAUGGGUCAUUCCAUUAUCAUGGAAGACUGUGUACGGGCCACCUCCAGAUGUGUCACUCUUCUAGGCCAGAAUGACUUGAUCAGAACAGGUAGUAUUCCCAUAGAGUACACCUUGAAUAAUUAUUUCAAAUUGGAUGAAUUUUAUUUUCUUAAAAGCUCAACAAGAUUAGGAUUGGGAAAAGAGAAAAAGAAACAUAUGGAAGAUGAUGAGAGAUGACAGAGAAUUACAGGAUGCAUACGAUAUAGUGCAUUUAGUACACCAGAAUAUCGCCCAAAAAUGAUGUCAUUCAGAAAUGAGAAUAUUUUGUAAAAGAGGGUGCACAAACAUUAGAUUUCAACUUUAGGUAUGUUUAACAUCCUUUUGUAGCCAGGGGUUUUACCCUGUAUUUAGUUGUGAUUUUCAAGUUGUAUUAAUAUCAGGUUGUUGAUAUGGGACAAGAUCACCUUUGUACUAAAAAAGGUCAAUAUUUUCUUUUAUACAUGAACGUUAUUUGUCUUUAUGAUUUAUCCGUGAAUGUUAGUUUCUUGACUGAAUGUUUUGUUGCUUGUCUGAAUACUGCUAUUACCUACAUUCAGGGCCAAGGUGUUCAUAGUGAAAAAUAAAUAAUUAAAUAAGGCUGAGGUCUUUGAUUCA